AUGAACAGCAUUAUCGCAGUAGACGUUAUCCCAGACAACAACGGCAAAGUCGCCAUGUAUGGCGCACCAAACAGAGAUGUGACUCACAAGUUGACCGGAAAGGUCAGAAUCGUCCUCUCCAAGACAUUAAAAGCCAAAUCAGUAGUCAUCAAACUUAAAGGGAGAUCAGACUAUUCCGACUGGGAAAACCAAUAUUCUAGCGUUGAUGUACUCAGAAUGGAGAAAGUGCUCACCGAAAAAGCCGUGCUUCCGAGAGGGGUAUCUGACUUGGACUUUGAAUUCAACAUUCCUGGCCACAUUCCUCAAACUUACGUUACUAAUUUCGGGAUGAUCAAGUACACACUAGUUGCUAUUGUGCAACCAACUUCACUUCUGGCCAAGGUUGGUCGAGCUGAGAAGAGCAUACAUUUUGGCAGAUAUUACCUAACAUGCAGCAGAGAUCUACUUCCAGCACCGCCUACAAAAGUCUAUCAAGGUCAACGAAAGUCUAUACUCAAGUACGAGUUGGAUGUGCCUACCGUCGUGGGCGCAAACGAAAAGAGCAUGUUGGUCCGAGUACGUCUAUUGCCUCUCCGUGAGGAAGGAAUGCUAAAAAAGAUCACCUUCUCGUUGACGCAAUCAGAGAAAUAUAGUGUACGUCCAACCGAAGAAGAUAUUCAAGAAUAUGCAAUAGAAGGAGCUCGCUUGAUCGGGAAUGUUCAAUUGAGUGGUUCAAGUGGAACCAAACGCAAACGGUCUCAUCCAAUUAAACCUACUUCGCUUACAGUCUCUCAUCUCGAAGACUGUUGGAACAACCCGCUGACCUACAACCUUCCAUUCGAGAGAUAUAAUUCGGCUCGUAUCGUUGGAGGUGUUACUCGUAAGACGCGGCUAAAGCCUACCAUAACAUCGCCUUUGGUAUGUGUCAGGCAUAAGCUUAAGAUAAUAAUGUCAUUCGAGGAUGGAAGGGAGAGAGACCUCGAAUUAGGGUUUCCUCUGAUCGUUACUGAUAUUCCAAGCGAUAACGUUGGUACAGAAAGCAUUGAUGGUAAUCUCCCAACAUAUGAUGAUGUCAUAAAGAGUAUCGAGUCAGUGUUGGCUCCGAAUGAAGUUGAAGCCAUAUCUAGACCCAUCACGCCAGUUGAAGGAGAUGAUGCAAGUUAUUCUAGCUCGCCUUCAAGAGCAGGGUCGAGAAAUAACUCGAGGCCUGCAACACCCAAUCCCGAUGAAGGAGAUUACCCACAUACUCCAGCUCAAUCAAACAAUGAUCAGCCUUUUACAUCAGAACCGCUCCCACUGCCGCCUUCUACGACAACACUAAGACCCAAGAAGAGCACUCGCAGGAUAGCUCAAACGAUCGGCCGAUGGCUACACCGUUCAGACUCUUCCAACAGCACCAGUUCCACCGGUUCAAAUACUACGAAUGUUCAAAUCCAACCUCGCUUAGAAAUAACCCCGACCCUAUCGCCCAGCUACCCACCUAAUUCAAUAGGACGUAUGUACAAUCGCACUGGUCGUCCCAGUUGGUAUCUGAAUAUGCCUGACGAGGAUGAUAUACCAACGAUCACUCCUGAAAUCCAUUCGGCUCCGUCUAGUCCGCACGAACAACCAAAUAACAUGAUUGGAUUCGAUGGUAUACUGGGGAAUAGUUUGUGUCCUCCACCGAGACAUCAUCGCACGUCUCGGAAUACCCACCGACGGAGCGCCUCCUUCGAUCCAUCGAUAAACGGAAGCGUUGGCAUGGCUAGCGGGAAAAUCGUAUGGGAAAUAGUUGUGGCGUUGCUAGCCCCACUUUUGGAGUAUGGCCGCAUGAGCAGAGUAUGA